UAACUAGUACUCCUCACCACUAAUCACUAAGACAGUACUAAUAAACACUAUCAUAUACAAUUUAUAGUGUCACAAAGAUGAGUGAUGAUCAAACGGCAGUGCGUUUUGGUAUUCUUGGAUGUGCUAACAUCUCCAUCAAGCUAUGCAAAGCCCUAAGCAAAGCACCAAAUGCCAAGCUCCAUGCCAUAGGCAGCCGUUCCCUCGAGAAGGCGACGGCGUUCGCGGCCGAGCACGGCCUUCCCGAGGCUGUUAGGGUUUACGGGAGCUAUGAGGGUGUGUUGGAAGAUGAGGAGGUGGACGCCGUGUACAUCCCUCUUCCGACGGGUUUGCACGUGACAUGGGCGGUGAGGGCCGCGGAGAGGCGGAAGCACGUGCUGCUGGAGAAGCCGGUGGCGAUGAAUGUGGCGGAGCUUGACCGGAUUCUUGAGGCUUGCGAGGCUCAUGGGGUGCAGUUCAUGGAUGGCACCAUGUGGGUGCACCACCCUCGAACGGCUAAAAUGAAGGAGGCUUUGUCUGAUGCUCAACGUUUUGGUCAACUCAAAUGGAUACACUCGUGCCUCACGUACAACCCUGGUCCUGAAUUUCUCAAAAACAGCAUUCGUGUGAAGCCAGAUUUAGAUGGUCUUGGUGCCCUGGGUGACACUGGUUGGUAUUGCAUAAGAGCCAUUUUAUGGGCUGUGAACUAUGAACUUCCAAAAUCAGUGCUUGCAUUCCCAGGAGCAAUUCUCAAUGAAGAAGGUGUAAUAAUCUCUUGUGGCUCUUCUAUGCAUUGGGAAGAUGGAAGAUCUGCCACGUUCCACUGUUCUUUCUUAUCCUAUGUAACUUUUGAUGUAACGGUUUUGGGAACAAAAGGGUGUCUUCGUCUCAAUGAUUUUGCUCUUCCAUUUGAGGAAAGUUUAGGGUUUGGGAAAUUUUUGGAGGCCUCAGAGUUGGAUUAUGGGAAGAUUGAACAGGGAAUGUGGUGUCCAAAGCCAAAUGAGCAUGUUGUUGAGACUGGGUUUUCUCAAGAUAUUUUGAUGGUUAAGGAGUUUGCUGAUUUGGUUCGAAAGGUUCAGGGGUGUGAAAUGAAGCCUGAGAAGACUUGGCCAGUUUUGAGUAGGAAGACUCAGGUAGUUUUGGAUGCAGUGAAAGAAUCCAUUGAGAAAGGUUACCAGCCUGUUGAAUUGUGAUGAGUUAGAUGGAGCAUAUAUGUUUUGUGCAUGUUAUAAUAUGUACAAAGAUGAGAAUCAUGGCAAGUGGCUUGUAAAUUGAAACUCCCAAAGUUGUUUUGGUUGAUUGUUGAAAUUAAUUUAUGUUAAAUAUGGACAAUUCUUGCCAUUUAUGUUGUGGAUUCCUACACUUGGGACAACAUAUAUAUGUUUGUGGGUAACAUGAAGUUGGAAAAUUA